AUGCUGGACGGCGUGAUCGCCGACGACGCCGCGCUGCUUGAAUAUGUCACAUUGAGGCUGCUCGACGCUGACGUCGAGGAUGCAGUGACGCUCGAGUCCGUCGCAUUUGCGCUGCCCGAGGCCGAUGUGGACGAUACGAUGAUGCUGGAAUCCGUCGCGCUGCUUGAGGCCGACGGGGAAGAAGUGAUCGUCGAGGACAACGCGCUGCUCGAAUCGGUCGCGUUCGUGCCUGCCGUGGAGGACACACUGGCAGAGGACGAGGUAGCCGAACUCGAGGUCGUAGAGCAGUCGCCGAUGAUACCCGCGAUACAGAGGCCUCCACUGGACGUCACGCUCGCCGAGCUUGCGCUGCUCGAAUCACUGGCACUCACACUGCUGGUGGCAGAUGAGAUUGUUGCACUGCUGGGAUCGACCGUGCUGGAUGUGGAAGACGCGACGCUGAUCGAGUCCGUCGCACUGGUUGCAGACGAGGAUGCAGAGCUGCUCGAGUCGCUAGCACUGGUCGCAGACGAAGAUGUGGCGCUAUUGAAGUCGGUCGCGCUCACACUCGCAGACGACGAAGAAGCCGAUAUUGUGCUGGAGGGACAGUCGCCGAGACCCUCGAUACAGAUGCCGCCGCUGGAUGAUGUCGCACUCGCCGAACUCGUGCCACUGGCGCUCGCACUACUGCUAGGCUCAGACGAGGAAGAGAUGCUGGUGGAAUCAGUCGCGCUGGACGUAAAUGCCACAGAGCUGCCAGAGGCCGUGGAGAUUGCCGUAGACGACACCGCGCUGCUAGAAUCAGUCUCACUCACACUUGCAGAUGAAGAGAUUACCGAGGAUGUGCUCGAGGGACAACCGAUGUCGAUGAUGCCCGGGAUACAUAGACCUCCAAUGGACGAUGUUGCGCUUGCCGAGCUGGUGCUGCUCGAAUCACUGGCACUCGCGCUGCCGGCAGCAGAUGAAGACGCAGUACUACUGGAGUCCGUCGCGCUCGUAGAGCUGGCGAUGCUAGACACAGAAGACGCGGCACUGCUCGAAUCCGUCGCGCUGGACGCGGAGGAUGACACGACACUGCUCACAUCCGUCGAGCUCGCACUGGACGGGGAGCUAUCGGAUGAGGAGCUCGACGCGCUCGAACUUGCAGCGGAGCUAGAUGCGGGCGUCGGUGAGCUUGCGGGCGUCGACGUCGCGGGCACCAGUGCCGUCGUCGGCACCACUCUGUUGAUGAAGCGGCUAAAGUAA